GAGUAGUCAGUAGACGACAGUUCGCCACCGAAUCAUCGGCUUCCCCAAGUCUCUCCCCGGCCGCCGCGACCGCCGACGACUGCGUUCCUCAUGCCGACGGCGACCUCCGCCGCCGCCGCCCCCAUUCUCGGCGGCCUCCGCCGCAGCUACGCAUCUCACCCGCGGCCCUUCCCCACCGCCCGCCUCCUCCCCUCGCGCGGGCCGAGGCCGCUCGUCCAUGUCGGCUCCGCCGCUCCUCGUCGCCGCCUUACCACCGCCGCGCGCGCCGAGAGCGCUCCCGCACCAGGGUUCCUGCCGGACUCGGAGUUCUACAAGGUCGAGGCCAUCCUGAGGCCAUGGAGGGUCUCGCAUGUGUCGUCGGGUUUGCUGGAAAUGGGGAUCAGAGGCGUGACCGUGUCCGAUGUGCGGGGUUAUGGGGCGCAGGGCGGAUCCACGGAGCGGUACGAAGGGUCAGAAUUUGCAGAAGAUACAUUUAUAGCCAAAGUGAAAAUGGAAAUAGUGGUGUGCAAGGAGCAGGUUGAGCCAGUAAUUGACAAGAUAAUUGAAAAGGCAAGAACUGGAGAAAUUGGUGAUGGGAAAAUAUUCUUGAUACCCGUCGCGGACGUCGUAAGAAUUCGCACCGGCGAACGCGGGAAGCAUGCAGAGAGGAUGAUUGGCGGGCUGUCGGACAAGUUGGCCCCGGUAAUACCAACCGUAUAAGCAGUAUUUGCUUGCUUUCUGGUUAUGGCCUGUAAGCAGAACGCCACAGGUACAUUCCUCAGCGUGAGUGACUCUGGUCAUAACCUCCGGAAAAUAAUCUGUAACUUUCUGUCAGAAUCCAUGUAAAUCCAAUCUGAAUCCUCAAAAUGUGCACUUGGGUUUUCUUACCCGUGAAUGCUUAUCUGCACCAACUUGGGUCUCCUCCCUAUAAUCUCUUCUGUC